AUGGCAACCCAGCCACAGCCACAGCCAUAUGAUCGAAUUGAUGCCUCUGCUUUGGCAGUGUAUCCAGAAAACCCUUUGGAUCUUCCUCCUGAGCACUUGAAGGCAUCCUAUGGUGAUGAGACUCCUGCUUUGGCCAUUGUCCCAGAGUUGGCUGGGGCGCUGGGCCAAGGAGCUGCGAGGAAUUCCCACAAAGGUGUCAAAGCUACUGCAAGCAAGGAGGCCCCCUUGCAGCCCAGUGCUGGGCCAACUCCUGCUGACGCAUUAGCUGCCUUCAGAUGCCCUUCAGCUCCAGCUGCAGCACCUGCUUUGCCUCUGUUGGAUGCCAUUGGGACAACCCCUGCGCAGGCUGAAGCUUCUGCUGGGCCUGUGGAAGCGCAAACCAAUGACAAAGAGCCUGGUGAGGAAAAGUCGUUGGAAGACUAUGAGGCUGAAACUUAUGCUUUUUUGCAGAACAAGAAACUGAUGAAGCGGCCUGCUGCAGCACAGGCAAAGGCCAAAGGAAAGGCCAAAGCAAAAGCACAGACCAAAGGAAAG